UAUUUAUUUGGCGGUAGGAAUUAACAUUCCGUCUCUACCGUCCCAAUGUCUGCCACUGCCACGUCCAUCUCCGUUCCGAAUUCAAACCCUUUUGUCAUCCCGAAUUGAACCCCUCCUAACCGGACCGUUUAUCGUGGGAGAUCCGAUGGAGAUCCGAUCGGAUCCCUGAAAUCCCUAAAUCAGAAAUUCAAACACCACGAAUAGAUACAUUCUCUCAUAGUUCUUGGUUAAACCUUCAAUGGAGGAAACCCAAUUGCCAGAGCGUCGUGCUUGCCAAGCUGCGACCACCCAAAAUCCUGAACUUUCUCUUCCUUAUAUGAAAACCGACCAGAGAUCCUGAGUUGAAGUUUCAGGGUGGUCAGCUCAUGGAACAUGCUGAGAAGCACAGGGUCCUCCUUGCUUUCCAAGCUUCUUCAACAAGUUCCAGGGCUAUCUUCCAUGAAAGAAGCAGAGCAGGCCCAAGCUUUCAUUACCAAAGCAGGCUUCUUAGCUCACAACCCAGUGAUCGCGAAGCUCAUCUUGUUCGCGACCUUGUCGCCAUCGGGUUGCCUUGUGUAUGCUCAAUCACUGUUCGAAGAAACUUCCAUUGACGACCCUUUUAUUUGUAACACCAUGAUUAGAGCUUACACUAACAGUGUUUUCCCCAUCAAAGCGAUACAUAUUUAUAACCAUAUGCAGAACUUGAAUGUUGGGACUGAUAAUUACACUUACAAUUUUGCGCUCAAAGCCUGCGCUAGAGCUCUGAAAUGCAAGGAGGACGAUGCUGUGAAAUCGUAUGGUGUGGGUAUUGCUCGCAAGGGAGCUGAAAUUCAUUGCCGGGUUUUUAAGUCGGGGUUUGAUAAUGAUUUGUACGUGCAGAAUUCGUUGGUUUUUUCGUAUUCUCAGUGCGGGUAUAUUGGACUUGCACGUCAUGUUUUUGAUGAAAUGACGGAGAAAAGUGUUUCUACUUGGAACAUCAUGAUAUCGGCGUACGAUCAAAUAAAUGAUUUUGAAUCGGCUGAUAACCUUUUCGUUAUGAUGCCUCAGAAGAAUGUGGUUUCUUGGAAUACAUUAUUGGCACGGCAUGUGAGGUUGCACGAGAUUGAAGCUGCAAAGAAGUUGUUUAAAGAGAUGCCGGAGAGGGAUGCAGUUUCUUGGAACUCUAUGAUUGCUGGUUAUAUUGAGGUUAAAGAUUAUGAUGGAGCAUCGAAUCUCUUCCGCGAAAUGCAAAUUUCUAAGGUUGAAGCUACGGAAGUAACACUUAUAUCUAUAUUAGGUGCUUGCGCUGAGACAGGGGCAUUGGAGAUAGGCAUGGAGAUUCAUAAAUCAUUGAAAGGAAGAAAGUAUAAGAUGGAGGGAUAUUUAGGUAAUGCCCUCGUGGAUAUGUACGCAAAAUGUGGGAAAUUGAGUUCAGCCAGGGAAGUGUUCAAUGAGCUGAAAAUGAAGACUGUAAGUUGUUGGAAUGCGAUGAUCGUGGGGUUGGCCGUUAAUGGUUACUCCGAGGAAGCUUUGGAUGUAUUUGCUGCCAUGGAAAAAAUGCUUGAUGGGGUUAGACCUAAUCGAGUUACAUUCACUGGUGUUUUGAUUGCUUGUAGCCAUAAAGGUUUGGUGGAAGAAGGAAGUUGGUAUUUCAAUCAUAUGAUACAGAAAUACAACAUCAUGCCUGAUAAAAAACAUCAUGGUUGCAUGGUCGAUCUUCUAAGUAGAGGGGGAUUGUUAUAUGAAGCUUACCGAAUGAUCGAAACCGUACCUUGUGAUGAAAGCAUCAUACUGUGGAGAACUUUGUUGGGUGCUUGUAGGAUACAUAGAAACGUGGAGUUGGCCGAGAAAUGCUUCCAGCAACUUGCCAAAUUGGAGCCUCUUAAGGAUGCAGAUUAUGUUUUGUUAUCUAACAUCUAUGCUGAAGCUGGGAGAUGGGACAAUGUCGAACGCUUGAGGAAUGAAAUGAUCAACAUGGGAGUUCUGAAGAUUCUUGGCUCCAGCCAUAUAGAGAUGAAAUUAAAGAAUAAUUAGUAUGACAUCGGUAAAAAUCUUCUUAAUCUUAAUCAAUUAAUGUUUUAGUUUAUGAUUGAUAUAUACCUGUGGUUGGCUUGGGAUUUUAAUAACAUCCAUUAUUGAGUUUGACAAGUUUUUGAUGGAAACAAGGGAACGUAACUUUCAAGCUAAUGGAUGUCAAUGGACCACAUGAUGAUUUUGUACUCAUAAAUGGGGAUGUGAGUGAGAUACCCUCUGGCCAUGUCUUGUUUUGUUCUAUAUCUGGCAAUGAUGCUCUUGCCUGCCUAUGUUCAGGUAUUUGCGUGUCAUUCUAUUGCCAUCAUCUGGUCUAAGGGUGUCAUAUGAGAUGUCAUUAUCCACCAUUAUUGCGUCUAUAUGUGAAAAAUUUUUUGCAUGAUAAAAAAAGAUAAAGAGAAAAAAUUGUUCCAUUCUGAGUCUGGGAAAUAAAUCUUUUGUGUUCUUAAUAAGAAAAGUGAAGCUUUUUGGCAGGGUUAGAGCUGUCAAAUCUAGGUGUAAUCUUCAAUACUUGAUAAGAAAAUUCAAAUUAUACCUUGAACAGUGGAAACUUGGUUUUAAUCAUGAUAGAAUUUCUAAUGUAAAAUGAUGUUUCGAGUUUUAAACUUUUGAACUUGGGAAUGGCGGAAAGAAGAGUUGAAGGGGAACAGCAGUUUUCCACCUAACUUGUGGGUAGGUGUGGCAUGAAAAAGUACAAAGUAAAAAAAAAUAAAAAUGGAGUAUUAAUAAAGUCCUCUGUUGUAAGCUUUUCUUUUAUUUUACUGAGAGGAUUAUUGGGUCUAUUGUUUGGUUUGGAGGCAUAACUUUUGUGAGCUCGAUUCAGAAACAAAAUUCAAAUUCACACCCGGUUUUUUCUUUACAAUUUGGCAAAUAGGAUAUCUUUAUCCAAAAUAAAGAAAAAAAAAAAAAAGGAAAAAAACUUAAGUUAAAAGAAAAGGUAAUAUUUUAUUUACUUAUUUAUUUAUUAUUAUUCCUUUUAACCUCUAGGUGGAGGGUUUGAACCUAGACCCUCUGCUUUAAGAAGGUAAACUCUGUCACUGCACUAUCCUGUUAUCAGUUUUGUGAAAAUUGGAAAUAACUUUGAAUUAUUUUUUAAAUGAAAGUAUAAUAAAUUAAACUGUAAUUAAUAUCCAUAUAAUUUAAUAUAUAUUCAAAUCCCAUUUAAAAAUUUCAAAAAAAUAGAUGAGGAGGUGCAGUAAAAAUAUAAAAAGUAAUAUUCACGGUCACACUAAAAAUACGAUCAUUUAGAAAAUUGACGAGAAUUUGUUGUUAAAAAAAUAAAUAAAUAAAAGAAAAAAAGAAAAAAGAGCGCAAAUCCCGUCACAGUCAGUCACACGUAAACCUAAUAGAAAGUCCAACUGCCAGUAUAUUCUUGAAAGGCUAUGAACCGUCGAAUGAAAAUCCGAUGCACACGUGUCAAAAUCAAAGUCAAGGUCUCCUGCAACUGUGCACCAUACCAUAUUAAACGCAUCGCUUUUGUCAUUUCCCCGAGAAAAAAAAUUAAAAGACGACCCCAAGUCAAUGCCUCUGCCGUAAGCUUUGUCUCUGAAGGAGGUAGGAAUACUCUAUAUUAUAGCGACGGUAAAAUGUAGAAGAUUUUUUUUCUCUUUUUUUUUUUUUCUUUUUCUCUUUUUUCUUUUUCUUUUUUAACACAAACAAACCGGCGCAGAAAAAGAAAUUCAUAAAGAUUUUACGGAAAAAAAAAGGAAAAAAAAAUCGUCCAUGUGAUAUGUGAGAUCCGAAGGAUGAAAAAAUAGAUUGAGCUACAUGAACUUUCUUCUUCGUUGAUAUUAUCGAUUUCGAAACUCUGUUUUUCUUUGAAGUGGUCGUUUUUUUGUUAAUCUUUGUGGGUCAACUUAUUGAAGAAACAGAGCAAAAAUAGAGAGAGAGAGAGAGAGAGAGAGAGAGAGAGAGAUGAGUCUGGGUCAGCAAAA